GAGCAGCUCGAGCGCACUGGAAUGGCUGCGGACCAGCUCGAGGUUGUGGCGCAGAUGCAAGUUCGCACUGACCCGGAUCGACGGCGUCGACAACAUCCCGCUCAUGCUCGAGGGCAAUUGUUCAAUCGGGCUCGGUCGAUGACUCUUCGUCAGGAGAUCGAGCUUCGAGUUGCCGCUGCAUAAAUUGGAGGAUAUGGCAGACGAGAUCAUCGACGCGACCUGUGUCGAUCCGCUGGCGCUGAACCUGGGUCGGGCGAACGAGGUGGAUGACUGCGACGAGGCCCGCGACAAUCCAUUCAACUUGCUGGAGUGGCGGUCGGGCAGAGAUUCCUGAGAAGCUCGGCGUGCUCCAUGAUGACGGCCGUGGCGCAGAAGCUUCUGUACGCCGCCGCUUCAUUCGACGGUCCUUCGAUUCCGAUGGUGCUGCUGGAGCUGCUGCCCGAGGGCUCGCAGUGCGACAAUCAUGUGGAGACUCUGGGGCGGCCGAGGCACUGACCCGAGCAUCGAGCAUGUGUCUUCGAACGAGUGGGAGGAAACCUUGGCGAAGCGACGAUCACACCGAUCUGCUCGUCAGUGGUCUAUGUCCGACAGCCGAUCGAUCGGACUCGGUCACUGACUCGAAGGGUCGUUCAUCCCGGCGCAGCCCUCCCUCUUCGUGCAUUUCUCUGUCGGUUCUGAAUCAGUCGAUGGCCAGCAUCUCUCAUGGACUCCCUCCCCCGCACAGAGAAGUUCGAUUUCAGCCCCCUCUCCACAGUACAACGCAAGUGGCUCCCAACAGUCUCGUGAGCUUGGUUGGUGUCGCAAGGAAUUACAGAGCUCUGGGAAACUUGGUGGCUGCAGAACUGACGAAGGUGGAAGUUUGAAUACACAGCUCCUUACUCAUUUCUGUGCAAUGAUUUUCAAGAGCACCAUGGACGGUUCGUUGGUUGGGUUGCAUUGUAUUGCAUUGGAUUCACUCAGAGGAGGGAUGAUCAACAGAACCACGUAAAGAUGAAUCCGCUGUAGGAGUGGUGCACCACCAAAAUUAUACGCAUGAACAAUGGGAAUGAGGUUUCAUUCAUUUUCUACGAGUAGGUCUAGUAUCCUGGAUUUAUAGUCCUCUGAUUCACUAGGAAUUUGGAGGAGCCCAUCGAAGUGUAACAAGUAACUGUCUUUGACAGGCUGAACUUGCAGAUGGGAGUGUUGUUGCUGUGAAGAGACUCACUCCGACAAAGCAGAGUACAUCGGACUUCUUGAAUCGUAAUGAAUGAUCAAAGAGCUUGUGUGCUCGUCUGUCGCUGUUCUUCGUGUAUUCCUGUUUUGGACUUCACAUAUCUGCACGAGAAUUGCCUGAAGGAUUCGCAAUAAGAGGCAAUAAGGAUUCCUCCCGGUCAAGGUUGAGAAGUGUAGACUCUUUCAUGUGGUGGCCCAAGUCCAAAACAGGAAUAUACGAAGAACAUCAACAUACCAGAAUACGAAGAUUAUUCAUUCUAUUGUAUUGGAUCAAAUAUUGAUGAAGUUUCAAUUUUUGAAAAUGCAAUGUAAAAUUUCAUUUUUAUAUUUGAAAUAACCAUAUUUACCAUUUCUUUCAAGAAGUCCGACGU